GCUGAAGGUUUUCUAGGACACUGAAUCCCCUAUUCAACGUUUACAAUAUCUACUGAUCACUGAAAGCACUGAGAACCAGAAGGAUUUUUUAAAAGUUCCCACCCAAACCUACAAGUAAAUCCGUUGUACAUGUGCUUCACAGACAAAGACUUUUCUGGCCAUACUGGGCUUGUGACGAAAGUGUGAACCUGGCUCGGGAAAUAUGGAAUGUUGUGUUCAUCUUGAAUAUAUCUGCGUGAACUUUAUGCUGUUCCGAUCUCUUUAAGCUUCUUGGAGAGACAUGGCCUGUAUAGCUACACUUCACCGUGGAAGGAAGACAACGCUGCAGAUUGUAUUCGUCUCUGUUGCAGUGCUGGUGGUUAUCUAUAUGUCUACACAUGAACGCUCAGUGAUACAUUUUAAUAAAGGUACACAAAUCUUCUACGCUUUUCAAAUACGACGUUCAGACGACAUCUCACCCACAAAAAGGGACAUUAAUGGCGUCGUCUACGACAAAGACAACCUUCCAUCAAGCGAGCACUCAAAGAUGUACCUUGUGAACACCACAAACGACUUUCAAACAGGAGAUGUUAUCCAUGUACACCUUGUUCUCCGUGACCGUUACAACAAGCCACUGACAAGAGGAGGAGAUCUUGUUCUAAUAUGGAUGUCCGACCCUAAGAAAGGAGCAUCUUCAUCGGGAAGUGUGAUUGAUCACGUGAACGGAAGCUAUACCGGCAUUCUCCGGGCGUUAUGGACAGGAAGUGCAGUUAUCAAAUAUGCUGUCAGCUGCUCAAGCGAAGGUUAUGCUAUGAUGUACCAGUAUUUCGCAAGACAUGGUGCAUCGAAAAACAUUCUUUGUAUUUUCGAAGCUAAAAAAAUAAGGGAGGUAACUGUGGGUUCGACAUCGGUCGAUCAUGGCAAUAAAAAUGUUUGUAAUUUCACAGCUGAAAAUUACGGAAUUCCUUGGUUCUGUGGAAAACCGAAGAGCAGUCGGGUUCAGUGUAGUGACUGGACGAAGUUGUCACAUGAAUCAUUUAAUUCAAAUACUUUAUAUCAAAACAAGACAGUCGCGCAGUAUUAUCUGAGGUAA